UUUUUAUGGGGCUAGUUAGGCUAUGGGACCACAGCCUCUAGAGCCCCGUCAGUAGUAGUCGCUAUCCGGUGUUGUUUUUGGUCGCCUCUUGGGUCCUCCUCAACACUCCUAUACUUCACAGCACACACUGAGUCACCUCACAGUGUUGCUUCACAGGCGGGGUCGCGGGGCGGCAGCAAGUUGUCGAUAGGGACUCUUGCCUUUGUAAGGACACCCCGCCUUCUUAUCUGGAUCUGGAUAAUAAUGCGCAGGGCACCUGUAUGGUGCAUAACACGCAUUGUGGGGGCCUUCUUCUUGGGUGCAGCCACACUGAAGGCCACGUCCAGGCCGCGGGACGGUUCCCAGUGUUGGUGUAUCAUCCAAGAGUGUAGCAGCAGCUCCUUGCUCCUGGCCCAGCGCUCUUCCACCACAGCCUAACUAGCCCCAUAAAACACCUUAGAAGAAGAAGGCAAGAAAAAAAAAUACACAGGUUGGCCCGAUGGCGGCCGAGGACAGGAGGAGCUUCUUGCCCGAGGAGUGGGCCAACGAGGAGAGGAUGCGCGUGUUGAUGGGGCCCAUGCCGGAGGGGGCGCAGGAUGAGGUGGCCAGGGCCGCACGACACACCUUCUGGGGCGCUGCUGUCCAUGCCUGGUGCCAGGACACACUCAGGCCUUGCUUUACCCUCCAGGAGUGCCAGGCCGCCUUCCGCCGCGGCACCCAGGUCCCCCAGUGCCUGCCCCAGGUGCUGCACCACAUGCUGAGGCAGAGUGAGGUGCUGCCGCUGGACCAGCUGAGCCUUGGGGAGCCCCAGGCCGAGUCUUGGCUUGGGUGGGGCCGGCGGGUGCUGGUGGCCCGCCCCACACAGCUGGCCUGGGGCACGCUGAAGAGGGCAGUGGGCCGGGACAGCCUGCAGGGGGCGACGCUGGUGUGUGUGGCUGUGCUGCAGAGGAUGUGCAGCACCGUCCUGGAGCGCGUGUGGGCCGAGCGGGGCCGCGACUCCCUCCUCACCACCGAGGGGGAGCUGUAUGCCCAGGUGGGUGCGGCUGUGGGAUCGGCGGACAAUCUGCACCUAGUGGUUGAGGCGCUGGUGGCGGAGGGCCGGGCCGCCACCCUGACCCACCACGGCAACACCUACGUCAAGUUUGUGCUGCCGGGGGACACUGAGCGGCCGGCCAUCACACCGCUGGAGCUGGCCAAGAGUGACCUCCAGCGUGCAAAGACCAGAGUGGAGGGAAGCCUGACGUGCCUGGGAGAGGAGAGAGAGGCCCUGCGCAGACAAGCCAAGGUCGCCCUGCACAGUGGCUCCAAGACCGAGGCUCUCUCAAUGCUCAGAAGGAAGAAGCGCAUCAACAAAUCCAUAGAAACCCAGCAGGGCGUCCUGGAGAACCUGACCUCCUGGCUGCUCCAUCUCCAGGACGCUGAGACUAAUAGACAGGUCCUGGGUGCCCUGAAGGGUGGCGUGGAGGCCCUUCGCACCGCCCUACAAGGAGAAAACUCACCCGACGCAGCGGCCGCCACACUGGACGACUUACAGCAGGUCCUCGAGGAGUGCGAUGACCUGAACGCUAUGGUGGCUCGUAACCCCAUGGGUGAGGAUGACCUGGGCACCCUGGAGGAGGAGCUGAAGGGGCUGAUGUUGCAGGAUGUGGAGGCCGAAGGGGAGGCGACGGCAGGGGAAGGGUUGUGGCUGCCUGACGUCCCCUCCACCCCCCCGACGAUCACCCCCCAGCACACCCCCUUGCAUUCCUGAGACGCCCGUGCCCCAGGAGACCCCCGGUGCCUUACUCAGCGCACACACACGUACACAUUCACACACACGCACACAUUCACACACACGCGAGGAUUACGAUUACGAGUAUAACACGUGAUCGGGCCGUGAUGGUGAGUUACACACACACACACACACACACACACACACACACACACACACACACACACACACACACACACACACACACUUCCUCUAUGAUAUGUGCACAAUUUUUUACUUUUUACAGUUCCUUUGGAGAGUUGAUUUUAAAGAUUCAGUGAUGAUUUUUCCAUAUUGCAUAGUACAUGUAUUUUAUUUAUUUUAUUUUUUUUUUACAUGUGCCAGACUGCUUUUUCUUGCAUUAUAUAUAGCGUUGCAUAUUUUUCUCGCAGUUUUGCUUUUUGUGGUUUUGUUCUGCUGUGAUUUUGUACAGUUUUUUUGCACUUGUAUUUCAUUACUUUAGUUUUUGUCAAGGAGAAUGUGCAGAGUAAAGAUCAAGGUGUAUUGCCAGGCUCAUGACACUACCCAUGGAAAUGAAAUGCCAGAAUUUUCUCUUCACUACACUCCCACAUGACCACCACAUGUAACGAAACACACGAGAGAUCAAUCCAGACAAGGAAAGGUUUGCCGGCGCCAGGGAUUGAACCUGUGACCAGCGAGAUGGGAGAGCCACUCCUUAACCAGUCGGCCAAAGAGGUGCCCCCCUGGCUGAGUGAGUUAUGGGAGGCUCGCCCACCAGGCUUAGUUGCCGCACUACAGAAAUACUAACACAGCUUCCACCAAAGCCUUGUCAAACUAUCACCAGGCUCAUAACACUACCCAUGGACACACUAACACAACCUCCACCAAAGUCUUGUCAAACUAUCACCAGGCUCAUAACACUACCCAUGGACACACUAACACAAUCUCCACCAAAUGAACAAGUGCUAAUACUACUGUUUGUCAAUAAAGAUAUUUUAAUUAGUA